GCAUAAUAGUGGCCUGAGCUUCACUAUUGGAAAGCCAAAUUCCAGUUUGGCAGGGUCCUGCUACUGGGCUUUAGGUUUUCCUCAUUUGACUUAGUCUCUCAGGCUGUGAUUCAACUACCUCAGAGCCAUGGAGGCCAUAUAUGAAGUAGAGGUGACCACAGGCUCCAUGACCCACGCGGGCACGUUUGACAAUAUAUUCAUUACUUUGAUUGGCACACAAGGAGUGAGUGAGCGAACCAAGCUUGACAGCUUUGGAAGAGAUUUUAAGACUGGGAUGAAAGUAAAGUACAAAGUGACUACCAGGUUCACUCUCGACAAGCUGCUGCUCAUCCGACUUGAGAAAGAUAAUUUCAUAUUCUUGCCAGAGAAUGAUUGGUUCUGCUCUCUGGUAACUGUAAGAACCCCUGAGAAAGAUGUGAUCCAUUUCCCAUGCUAUCGCUGGAUGGGAGAGGGGGAAGUGAUUGAGCUGCGAGAGGCCAAAGCUACAAAAAUCUAUGAAGAAAAAUAUUCACAACUGAAAGAGCACAGAAAAAAUGAGCUGAAGCUUAACAAGCAAGUGUACCAGUGGACCGAGUUUAAACCAGGUCUUCCACAGCGUGCAUAUUUUCAGGACCCUCUGUCUCUUCCCUCAGUGGUCCGCUUCUCUUUCACUAAAGACAUGGACUCAGCUUUCAACUGCUCCUUUGCGCUUGGUGAGAUCAAAAUGAAGAAACUUGCGAAAAAACCUGAUCCGUGGGUUCAAAUGGAAGACAUGAAGAGUGCCUUCUGGUCAUCCAGAACUGCUGUCUCCAAAUAUGUGCAGCAGCACUGGAUGGAUGAUGAUUUUUUGGGGUAUCAGCUCCUAAAUGGCCCCAAUCCAACGAUGCUACGUCGAUGCACUGAGCUUCCUCUGAACUUUGCUGUUACUGAUGGCAUGGUGCAGCCUUUUCUAGAAAGUGGAACUUCCCUUACUAUUGAGAUGAAGCAAGGAAACAUAUUCUUAUGUGACUAUAAAAGACUGGCAGAUUUACCAACUCAAGUCAUCAAUGGGAAGCAGCAGUAUGUUGCAGCUCCACUUUGUCUGCUCUACAAAAACCAAGUGGGCAAACUUCUGCCUAUUGCUAUUCAGUUGCAGCAACAAGCAUCAGAGGACAAUCCAGUUUUCCUGCCUAGUGACUCUGAGUAUGACUGGCAGCUCGCUAAACUUUACGUGAGGAACGCAGACUGUCUUGAGCAUCAGGCAUCUUUGUAUCUGCGUACCCAUCUGUUGGCUGAGACCUUUACAGUGUCAUUAAUGAGGAACCUCCCGGCAGCUCACCCUAUACAUAAGCUGCUGGUGCCACACACACGUUACACCCUACAGAUAAACACCCUUAUUCGGGACAGACUUCUUGGUCCUGAGGGUGCUGUCACUCAGAAUACUAGUAUUGGAGAUGAAGGGAUGACAAAUCUCAUGAAGAAGGUGCUUUCAGACCUGACCUACAGCUCUCUCUGUCUGCCUGAAGACAUCAGUGACCGCGGACUGGAACCUAUUCCCAACUUCUUCUACAGAGACGAUGGACUUCGGCUCUGGAGUUUCACAAAUGAUUUUGUAAGGGACAUGGUGAAGAUUUAUUACCAGAGUGAUAGUGAUGUGCAGCAGGACGCUGAACUCCAGGACUGGAUCAAGGAGAUCUUCAUCUACGGGUUUCUUGAGCAGAGCAGCGCAGGAAUACCUCAGUGUUUUAGCACAGUGGAGGAGGUCAUUAAAUUUGUGACCAUGGUGAUCUUCACAGUUUCAGCUCAACAUUCAGCCCUCAGAGCAGGACAGUUUGACUAUGGUAGCUGGUUUCCCAACGCCCCUGGCUCUUUAAAAAGACCCCCUCCUACAUCUAAGGGAAGCUCAGACAAAAACACCCUGUUGGAGACUCUCCCUGACAUGAACACCUCUGCACAUCUAGUAUCAGUCUUUUGGCUCCUGAGCAAACCCUCAUCAGAUUUUGUCCCACUUGGGCAGUACCCGGAGGACUACUUUUGCCACAUGGCUUCCCAAAAUAUAAUCAAAGAUCAUCAAGCAGAACUGUCCUUUUUGAGUGAGUGCAUCAAAGACAGAAACAAGGGUCUGCAAGUGCCUUACACAUACAUGUGCCCUGAUAACAUUAGCAACAGUGUCAGCAUUUGAUACAGUGUGGUUGAGUGCUUUGACGUGAAGAUGUUUAGUGUAAUUUUUUAUAUUUUAUUAUUUUUAAAGGCACAGUAUGUAAUUUUCACCACUAGAGGGCACAUAUUCAAAACAAACAAAGAAACAAAUGCAUAGUUUGAUGAUGCUGUGAUUGAGUGUGGAAUCAUGGGAGUUGUAGUCUUCAUCCCCACAGCCGAUGGGCAAGCCAAGGGCAAGCCUGCAACCUUUAGCCAAAAAAGCGUAACGGUUUACGCAACAGGUGGGAUUCUUCUAUAGGCUAUAAUGUGACUAAGGCACACAUGAUCCAAGUUGACUGUUACGCUUUCUCCAAUAGCAAGUGAUACAGACCCUCUCAUCUCCCAAUAGUAAGACAAUCUCUGCACAGGCAACUAGUUAAAAUUGCUUAUUUCUCUGGAUUUAAACAUUUUUGGAAGCAUUUGGAAUAAUGUAAAUACACAAGUCAACAAAACUUUGUAUUUACUGCAGAUUUAGUCUAAUUUGUCAAUACUCAUUUGAUUUAGAUGCUAGGUUUUAAAUUAUUCAGUUUUCAAUUUAAAUUUUUAAAAAACAUUCUAAAAAAUACACAUU